CCUCCCCAUGCUUUCUCUCUACUCUAAGCCAUCGCCUCAUUUGUAUCAAUGUUAGCAUAAAAUCUAAACGCUUCACGCUCUCCCCCUUCUCGCCUGUUAUUUCCAUUUUCCCCUUCUCUUAUAUAAUCCAACGCUUCCUCAGUUGCAUCCAGAAACUAGAAAACAAAGUAAAACUAUCAUUUAUCAAUGGCCAAUUCAGGACAGGUAUCGUGGAAGUUGGAGGACCACCCAAAGCUUCCAAAGGGUAAGACCAUCGCCGUUGUCGUUCUGGAUGGGUGGGGCGAAAACAAGCCCGAUGACUACAACUGCAUCCAUGUUGCUCAAACUCCCACCAUGGAUUCUCUCAAACAGGGUGCCCCUGAAAAAUGGAGAUUAAUCAGAGCUCAUGGAACUGCUGUAGGACUUCCAACAGAGGAAGACAUGGGAAAUAGUGAAGUUGGUCACAAUGCUCUAGGUGCAGGACGUAUUUUUGCUCAAGGGGCUAAGCUUGUUGAUCUCGCUCUUGCUUCUGGGAAAAUUUACGAGGGAGAAGGAUUUAAGUAUAUAAGUGAAUCUUUUGAAAAGGGAACUCUGCACCUCAUUGGAUUACUUAGUGAUGGUGGUGUGCACUCCCGGCUUGAUCAAUUGCAGUUGUUGCUUAAGGGAUCUAGUGAGCAUGGUGCUAAAAGAAUUCGUGUUCACUUUCUCACUGAUGGUCGUGAUGUUUCGGAUGGUUCAAGUGUAGGCUUUGUGGAGACAAUUGAGAAUGACCUUGCAAAUUUACGUGAGAAAGGUGUUGAUGCUCGGAUUGCAUCUGGUGGAGGUCGCAUGUAUGUCACAAUGGACCGUUAUGAGAAUGACUGGGAUGUUGUAAAAAGAGGAUGGGAUGCUCAGGUUCUGGGUGAAGCCCCGCACAAGUUUACAAAUGCCGUCGAAGCUGUAAAGAAAUUGAGGGAAAUUGCAAACGACCAGUACUUACCUCCCUUUGUCAUUGUUGAUGAGCACAAUAAGGCUGUGGGUCCGAUAGUGGAUGGUGAUGCUGUUGUUACUUUCAACUUCCGUGCUGAUCGAAUGGUUAUGCUUGCCAAGGCACUUGAAUAUCAAGAUUUUGACAAAUUUGAUCGUGUGCGGUUCCCUAAAAUUCGUUAUGCUGGAAUGCUUCAGUACGAUGGAGAGUUGAAGCUUCCGAGCCACUACCUUGUUUCUCCACCUGAGAUUGAUAGAACAUCUGAUGAAUAUUUGGUGUAUAAUGGUAUCUGUACUUUUGCCUGCAGUGAGACUGUCAAAUUUGGACAUGUCACUUUCUUUUGGAAUGGAAAUCGUUCUGGCUAUUUCAACCCUGAAUUGGAAAAAUACGUGGAAAUUCCAAGUGAUAUUGGAAUUUCUUUCAAUCUUCAACCUAAGAUGAAGGCAUUGGAGAUCGGUGAGAGGGCUAGAGAUGCAAUUUUGAGCCACAAAUUUGACCAGGUACGAGUGAACAUAGCAAAUGGUGAUAUGGUAGGUCAUACAGGAGAUAUCCAGGCUACAAUUGUGGCUUGCAAGGCUGCUGAUGAAGCUGUCAAGAUGAUCCUAGAUGCUAUAGAACAAGUUGGUGGAAUAUAUGUUGUGACCGCAGAUCAUGGCAAUGCUGAAGACAUGGUGAAGAGGGAUAAGUGUGGGCAACCUCUAUAUGACAAGAACGGACAGCUCCAAAUACUCACCUCCCAUACUUGUCAUCCUGUGCCUAUUGCGAUUGGAGGUCCAGGAUUAGCGCCUGGUGUUAGAUUUCGCAAUGAUGUUCCGGAUGGUGGACUUGCCAAUGUAGCUGCAACCAUCAUGAACCUCCAUGGUUUUGUAGCUCCUAACGAUUAUGAACCAACACUCAUACAAGUAGUUGACAACUAGGCUAAGUGAGAACAUGGCAUAAAUUAUAUUGACUAUAUUCCCAAGGCCGAUGCCCAAAACAAUUUAGAAUAAGAUUAUUUUGGUUGAAAAAACAGCAGUUGUAGAUGUUGUAAUUUGCUAUAUAUUUGUGGUUUGAGUUUAUUGCCCGAAUGAGUACGGAAAGUUUUAGGCCGUUGCCUUCAA